AUGGUAGAUACUAAUUCAUUCAUCGAUGAUUUUUUACGCUUGGACGAGUUUUCCAAACCGUCAAAAGAAAUGAUAGAAUCUGUUUUACUAUCAAAAGAUGUCCAAUUGUCGGCACAAUUGAGAGCAUUGUAUUUUUGUAGAGAUUUACCCAUAGAAGAUGCGACUAAAAUAUUACUAUCAGCUCUGGAGAUACAUCAUGAAACAUUUUUAAGGCACGAAAUCGCAUAUGUUAUUGGCCAAUCAGGUUGUUUUAACGCUUCAGAUGCCUUAGAAAAACUACUUAAGGAUUCCUCAGAAGAUCCUAUGGUUCGACAUGAAGCUGCUGAAGCCCUUGGCGCCAUUGGAUCCAAAAAUUCUUUAGAACUGAUUAAGAAGUAUUCUACCGAUCAUUGCAGAGCUGUUAGUGAUACCUGCAAACUCGCUCUACAUUCACUACUGACUUCCGAACAAGAGUCUCAGUCUGAUACUGCCCAUGUUUCAUGUCCAGUAUCUUAUUCGGCAUAUAGAGCUAUAGAUCCAAUCUUAUCUGCACUCGACUGCGAGAAUAUGACACUAGAGUCUCUUUCUACCAUUCUAAUGAAUGAAGGCCUUCCAUUAUAUAAAAGAUAUGAGGCCUUAUAUGCCAUUAGAAACAUUGCAACCGGUGAUGCAGCCAAGGUUAUUGGAAGUGCCAUGGUAAAUGACAAAAGUUCAGAGGUUUUCAGACACGAAUGUGCAUUUGUUCUGGGCCAAAUGCAAGAAGUAUCUUCGGUUAACUUUCUGGUUGAGUGUUUGAAAAACUCGCAAGAAGAGCCCAUGGCCAGACAUGAAGCGGCACUGGCGCUAGGGUCCUGUGGAUCAACGUGUACUGAACAGGAAUAUUUCCAGCUCAUUAUGGAUACUCUGACUCAACACCUUCAAGAUAGUGUCAAGGUCGUUUCUGAUAGUUGCCUUGUUGCCCUUGACAAUAUUAGUGAAAGUAGGAAGGAAGUGCUGGCUUAG